UUGCGUCAGCUGUCAAAUCAAAGUUGUCAAAACAUCAAAAGCACGUUUGUUUCAUUUAUUGUUUGAGACUACAAAGUCGAUUUGCUUUAAAGCCUGCCCAUAGUAAUUAAAAUGCGUUUCUCAAUAAAGCAGGCUGGCUGUGGUGCUGAACGAGUUGGUACCCUAACAGGAUUCACCAAGUCACCUAGUACAAUAAUUGAAACCCCUACAACUGCACUUCUUACUCAGGGAGGGAGUGUAGUUCAUUUGACAGCAGACGUCUUGGCUCGGGUAUUUACUAAUCCCCAACUCCUUUGGGUUCCUUUAACCACUACGAGUCAUUUAGAAGCCGGAGUCAAAGCCCAGGGCGAGGGAAUAGCCAAGUUUGCUGGAGUCACUGAACAUAUAACCUGCACAACGUUGCAAAAUCUGAAUGAUGCUGCACCAUCGGGACACUUUGAGUUAGACAAGGUGCCAUUGUGGACAAAAAGGGGCAAACAAAUGAUUUGUGCUGACAGAUACAUGGACUUUAUGGAGCUGUUCAAACCCGAUAUCAUUUUGGCAGUUGCAGAUGGACGCACAUCACAUUGUGAAGGAUUCAAGAGGGUCCUGAAGGCUGUCAAUAGAAGUAACAACAUGCUUGAUAUAUGUGUCAAGCGAUAUAAUUCUUCAAAGCAACUGAAAGGAGGUUCAUUGAUAGGUGUUAUAGUAGCUGCCGGCCAUGAAAAGAAAUGCACUGAAAGCAUUCAACACAUUCUGGAGCACAAACAAAGUUUGUCAGGAGUAGCUUUGCAGGGCAUAUUGGAUGGCACCGAAGAUUACAUGAAUAUGCCCGAUGACAAUGUGAUAUCUAUUUUUAAAAGAGUGAAUGAAGCCUUACCUAAUGAGAUGGUACGCAUUUUGGAAGGUUACUGGAACCCAGCUGCAAUAAUGGCAGCAAUUGGCAAUGGCUAUGACGUCUUUGACGGAUCUUACCCGGUGAAGUUGACCAAUGAAGGAUUUGCCUUGACAUUAAACUUCAAUGUUGACCAAAGACAUUAUGAAAUGUGUAUAUUAGAUUUAAAUGAUAGCAAAUUUAAAGAAGAUUUCAGUCCCCUUUUAAAGGGUUGCGAGUGCUUGACUUGCGAGAAAUAUACGCGGGCGUAUAUUCAGCAUCUUCGAAAUACACGGGAAAUGCUGGCAUCUGUGCUGCUCAGCAUUCAUAAUCUUCAUCACUUCGACCAGAUGUUCCACCACGCACGUCGACAUAUUGCUGCAAGCACGUUUGACACAUUCCGACAUCAUAUCACAAAACAGUAUGAAUUGUAUAAAGACUCUCAGUUAAACAAACCUGACGAUUUGACAGUUUGUAAUGGAACUGACAGUGAAAACGUGGAGGCAUCGACUGUGAAAAAGAUACGGGUAACGGAUGAAGUUUCUAUUAGUGUAGCCAAUGGUAAUGCUUGAUAGUAUUUGUACGUACCUACUGCGUCAAAGUAAUGUUACAACCUUGAAAUGUUAUAGCCCAUUGUGGAGUUUGAUUAUCUUUUGAAUUCACGAUUUUUUAUGUUACCUACAAAUACGUAGGUUUGGUUAUUCCCAAUAGUUACCACCGCCGCAAUAUUUCCAUAGUUUUACAUGUCUCUGUUUGGCUUUAUUGUUGAUUGCCAUUUAUAAAUUAUUAAAUUUCUUGUAAUAAAGUUGAAAAUACAUAAUGCCAUUGGCACACAUUUUA